GUGAUCAGAGUGAAAAGUGUGCCUAAAGAUUGAUUGCCAGGUUGUGCCGGCUCUAGAGGUUAAAUGUUCCAACUGGAGUUGGGGAGAGAUGAGGACAGUAAAGGAUGCCCCUGGAGGGGCUCGAAAAUUCUGGGCAAGCCUGACUACGCUUCGCUGCAGAAAAGUGCGAUAAUCAACUGGAUCGCCGACGUCGAUCGCAAGGUUCACCAAACCCAUCACCACGCGUACAUUCUCUACUCAUGGCUUUAUCCGUCUGGAUCGAAUCAGCAGGCUAGUUACGCUUCAUUAUAUGAGGUCUACAGGAUAGUGGAAUCAUCAAGCGCCAGGCCUUCAUGCUAUUCUUGCACAAGGUUCUCCGUACACAACGUCUUUCAUUUACUGGAAUUCAUCGACGCCCGGAUCUUUUCGCUGACUCCGACUCCGCUUGCUUCACCAACCUUCGAUAGCCUAUUAGAUUUUUAUCGCGCUAAACUCUAAGGUGCUCGUUUCAGAGACCAAGGGAAAGUGAGCGAUGAGUAUUGAGAGACAGACUGAUGGUCAUCGAUUACUCAAUCCUGUAGCCUGCAAGUUCUUUCUCUGAAUCCUAGGCUGCUCCAGGAAGUUGUCGAACACGAGUUGAAUAGAAGAAGCUCCAAAAGUCUGAAUUUUGGAUGCACGUAUCAGUUCGAUAUUGGAAAUCUCGACGGUCGCAUUGACGGGGCGACGGACAUAUGUGGUGGAGGCAUUGUUUCUAGGAUCCUUCGGGUAUGAUGGAUCCGCCUCUAGUUGAAACGUGGAAGAGAGCAGUGGUAGAAGAGCAACACAAGUGUGCUGCACACUGUGGAACGGAUGGGAAGCAGAGAUGGUGAAGUUAGUGAGAACACCAGGACGGAGUUUCGACUAGGCGUUCUCUCGCGAUGGGAUUUUAUUCUGGUUCGGUGUUGCUGCUGGUUUGGACGUCAUGGGCAUUGCUCGCAAACUCUAUGACGAUGGAGGAAUUUUCCAUCAAGGAGAAGAAUGUGCGUCGUCUUGGCGACGAUGCUCUUCACCUUGCAAUGGAUACCGAAGAAUGUGGACUAUCGCUGUGUGUGGAUAAUUGCGCCCGUCAUGCCUGCUCCGCAUCUCACAACGACAAUUUCUUGUGCGCCAAUACGUUUAGAUCUGUGGCGGACUGCGAAGCGCUUAACCCUAAUAAAACAUGCCUGCAGUUGCAGCUCAACUUUGGCAAGAACGGCUUUGUGCGGAUACCGCCUCCAUUUCGCAACUAUUCAAACGCAAAUUUGAGGCCAGAAAUCAAACGAGCUAUAUGCUCUCAUUCAAAUCUUCAGUUUACGGCGAGCAGCAAAAUAAACCUCACAUUCUGGAACUACUUUGGUUCCGCAGAAGGUGUUUGGCGAAGCUAUCCUGGACGUGUAGCCGAGCCUGACAAAGGCUGCAUAAGCUAUGAUCCUCGUAAACGCCCUUGGUAUAUAUUGGCAACGGCGGUGGUGAAGGACCUGAUAUUGCUUCUUGACAUAGGGCAGGAAAGGGACACAACCCUCAAAUUAGCGGUAAACGUCGUUUCGGAGCUUUUUGACACAUUGAGAAUCAACGAUACCGUCAACAUGGUUACAUUUGAUUCAGUGGCUGCAACUCCAAUCAGUCCAAAUUCGAUACUUGUAAAUGAGAAGAACAGUAAAGUGUUACGCACAGUUUUUAAGGUCUCCAAAUUGAGUAAAAGCGGCAACCCGGCCGUCUCGAACCUCACUCUUGGAUUUGACAAAGCAAGGGCAAUGUUUAACCCAAAAAGCAAAUUGAAGAUUAUACUCGUCUUCACCGACGGCCACUUCUCCAAAAACCCCGUUUUCAUCAACGAACCAUCGCUCCAGCGUGCAGUUGCGAAUCUGAAUGCGGACAACGUGAUCGUAUUUUUUUUCAGUAUUGGUCCGGGCGAAUCUGACAAUCCCCCUGACACUCUUCAAGAGCUUCGCACCCUGUCCUGCCAGAUGAAUAGCUCAGUAGUUUACGUUAGCGAAGCAGAUGCGUUUUGGAAUCCACUUUGGGCCAUUCGGCCAUACUUCGAUUACCAAGCUAAAAUGCGGUUCAGAGAGAAUGUCACAUUCUGGACCGACACGUACAUUGACUUCGAUGGCUUGGGAGAGGUCUCCACUGUUACGUAUCCCGUAUUCCAGGAUGGCACCUUGUAUGGAGUUGCAGGCAUUGAUGUAUUUGUGAAUGCAAGCGACAAUGCUAUCAUCCAGCAGAAGGCUGUUAAUCCGAAUGUACCUGCCAUCGAGCUGGAAUGUGAAGAAGAAAACGUCAAUCUUAGCCAUUGCACUAAAGCUGUUGACCCAGGGCUACAGCCGCUCUGUGAACAAGACGUCUAUCUCAACGAGGACCCUAAGGAAGUCUAUAAGAAGCUGCUGUGUUGUGAUACUUGUGCUGUUCAAGAUGUCCAGAAGCGAAACCUUCUGCCAGUGUAUCUUGCUGUUGCUGGGACCAGUGUUUUUGCCAUCAUUCUGAUGCUAAUUAUUGCAGUCCUGGGUUCUAAAUAUAGAAUAGCUCGGAAGUUCGUUCGAGAGAUUCAAGAAGAUUUUGCGAGAGCAUCUAUAUCCACUAACUUAUAUACGUACAAAGAGUUGAAGAAAGCGACUCGAAAUUUUCACAAUGACAAUAAGCUGGGCGAGGGUGGAUUUGGGGAAGUUUUUCUGGGGAAAAUUAGGGAUGGCUCACAAGUUGCUGUGAAGAAGCUUGCUGAUGACUCCAAGCAAGGGAAGCCCCAAUUUUUGGCGGAAGUGAUGAUCAUCAGCAAGGUGCAGCAUAGGAACCUUGUGAAGCUGCGGGGUUGCUGCGUUGAAGGUCGUCACAGACUGCUUGUAUACGAAUAUUUGGAGAACAAGAGUCUUCGUGAAACAUUAUUAGGAACCACUGAGGAGCUGAUUCAUAUUGAUUGGCCAACUCGCUUCAACAUUGCAACUGGAACUGCUCGAGGUCUCGCGUAUUUGCACGACGAAAUCAAUCCUCGCAUCAUACAUAGGGACAUAAAAGCUAGCAACAUCCUUCUCGACGGCCACCUCGAAGCCAAGAUUUCUGACUUCGGACUUGCCAAGCUCUGUCCAGAUGAACGAACGCAUUUGACAACGGCCAUAGCAGGCACUCUAGGUUACAUGGCACCAGAGAUUACACGCGGACAGCUCUCUGAGAAGGUGGAUGUAUUUAGCUAUGGCGUUCUGCUGAUGGAGAUUGUGACCGGCAAAGUGACAAUGAGUGUAACUAAUUUUGGAACUCCGUUCUGUCUUGUCGAUGAGGUUAGGGACCUCUACAGAAAAUCUCAGGAGACGGGAAGGGACGACUAUCUGCUCCGUCUUGUGGAUCGAAACCUUCACGGUGUCUUCAACAAAGAAGAAGUCAUAAGGGUGUUGAAGAUAGCUCUCAUAUGCGCGAAUGAUAAUCCAGCUUCCCGACCUUCCAUCACGCAAGUCAUCUCUAUGCUUUUAGGUACCCAGACCAUUCCGGAGCACCACUUAAAGUACAUCCUUCAGAGUUUCCAGUCGUCUCAAUCGUUUCCGUCUUUAACCAAUCCUUGUAUGUGGCAUGACUACAAUUUCUCCAGUAUUUCGCCUGCUAAUGCUGGACAAACUUUAUCUCAUACAUCGGGCGCCUCGAGCGUCAGUAGAGCAGAGAAGCGUACCAUUACGCCUGCUGAUCUAGAAGGAAGAUAGGCUAGGGUUUGCUGCAAGGAAUUUUCGUACAUUGCCACAGGAUCCAAUAGUUCUGUAGAAUUUUUUUCCAAAAAAACAUGUACGUUUAGCUCAGAAGUGAUGCUCUGCUGCGUUGCAAGAACAGGUCGCGAAGCUCCGGAGUACUGAACUACUGCCAGAGGUUCCACAAUCAAUUAAGUAGACGUCUCAAGCAAGACAGAUCCAAUGUCGUGCCUUGACACAGAUCCAAUGUACCAUGUCCAUGAUUGCUGAGCUGCCAACGUUAUUAAACUUGUUGCUAGUGCUGUGAAAUUGUAACCACUCUUCCAUUAUGUUCGGAAUUAUUGCUUUAUUAAAACAUAGAUUCGUGGUCAA